AUGCAGGAGGCCUGGAGCAUCGGGAUUGAGCACCGAGAUCAAAAACGGCGCAUCCGCGAAUUCUUUCCGCCCAAACUUUCGCACGCUCAGCACCUGGACGAGGUCACAUGGACCACCAAGAACUGGCACGGGCUGCAGAUGCAGCGCUUGUCUGUCGUCCUCCACACCGCCGUGGCGUGGCAGACGGUGAACGAGCUAGCGUGCGGGGAGAGCGGCAUUGUGCAUGGCCAUCCCGUCGACACCGAGUUCGCGCUCGACGAGCAACGGCGGCUCGUGUGGCUUCAGGCGAGGCCAGUCACGACUCACCUCUCGCUGCCACCCCAGUUGCAAACGCCGGCGGACGGCAUGCUCGUCGACGGCACCGAGGGGAUUGUCAAGGUUCUGGAGCACGCGGGGUCGAACGGGCCGACAUGCGUCGCAGCUGCUGCUUGA